GUUGUGUGUGUCGUCUGCUGCAUGCUAGCUGCCAAAGAUCGAAAACAAAUUAAGUUGUAAGGAAGUUUCUUCUAGCUGAACUGAAUACACGAUUGUGAAAAAAUAAGACAACUAUUCUAUUGUAUUAGAACGCAGUAAACGAUAGAUUUCGGUCGGGUAGGCUCUAAAGGAGAAAACUACAGGCAAUUAAAGUUGUUUUAGUUGGACAUCAUCAGUGAUGGAUAGUAACAUCAUGCAGGAUCAAGUUGUACAAGAGAAUAUCGACGAUGACAUGGAUGAAGAGGAGUCCUUUUUCCAGGACAUUGACCUUCUGCAAAACCACGGAAUUAAUGUUGCUGACAUCAAGAAACUCAAGUCUGCUGGGAUCUGCACAAUCAAAGGAAUCCAGAUGACAACUCGCAAGCGAAUGUGUGACAUUAAAGGAAUAUCUGAGGCCAAAAUGGAGAAAAUCAAAGAAGCUGCUUCAAAACUAGAAGUUCAUGGAUUCAUGACAGCUCUGGAGUACAGCUCUAAGCGCAAAAACUGUUUCCGUAUUACAACAGGAAGCUCAGAACUAGAUAAGCUCAUGGGUGGUGGCAUUGAGAGUAUGGCAAUUACUGAAGCAUUUGGAGAGUUCCGAACCGGCAAGACCCAGAUUUCUCACACACUGUGCGUCACGACUCAACUACCUGGAGCUAACAGCUACCCUGGUGGAAAAGUAGUCUUUAUUGAUACUGAGAAUACUUUUCGUCCAGACAGGUUGAAGGACAUUGCUGAUCAUUACAACCUGGACCAUGGUGCAAUGCUAGAUAAUGUUCUGUAUGCAAGGGCCUACACAAGUGAACAUCAGUUUGAGCUUCUUGACUUUGCCGCUGCCAAAUUCCAUGAAGAGCCGGGCGUCUUCAAGUUACUGAUAAUUGACUCCAUCAUGGCAUUAUUCAGAGUAGAUUUCAGUGGACGGGGAGAACUUGCUGACAGACAACAAAAACUGGCUCAAAUGCUCUCCAAACUACAAAAAAUAUCUGAAGAGUACAACGUCUCUGUCUUUGUAACUAAUCAGAUGACAUCUGAUCCUGGAGCAACAAUGAGCUUUCAGGCGGACCCUAAGAAACCUAUUGGCGGUCAUAUCCUUGCCCAUGCCUCAACGACACGAUUGAGUCUCAGGAAAGGACGAGGUGAAUUAAGGAUUGCCAAGAUCUAUGACAGCCCUGACAUGCCAGAGAAUGAAGCAACGUUUGCCAUUUCCACAGGAGGUAUCAUUGAUGCCAAAGAAUAGCAAGAUGCUACAAGUGGAUGAGUUUUCUGAUAACAUCAUUUCUCUUGCCAGAAAUUAUGGAUACCAAUUUAUUAUUGUUCAAUUUGGAAGGUUGGUCCAAUUAAAAAAUUGACCAUUUCUGACAUAACUUAUUUGAAAGUUUGAUGACGUUUGUUCAUUGUUUCUUGUGGGUUUUAUACACUAUUUAAAACUACUAAUAGCUGUAUUGGUGUAUUUAAGUAAAGGAAUCAGUGAUAAUCACAAAUUGUACCGGUAAACAGCUCCCCCCAAAAUGUUGCAAUUGAUUGAUUCAGACAAUUUUAUCUAUCUCGCAUUGAACUGCUCAAAAACCGCGUAUCUCAUCGUCAACUUGUUUUUUAUGCACAUCAGGGCGAUUUUACAAAAGAUAUAUACAGUUUGACAAAGUGUCAAGCGAAACGUUGCACUGAAACAAUGAAAGUGGCUUCUAAAAAUAAAUCAGUAAACCUAAAAAACCAUCACUGAAAAUGCUCAGUCAAGAUAGAUUUAAUAACAUAUUUACAGCAAAUAAUACAAAGCAUUAUUUUAUAACAACUUACUGUCCAGGUUUCGGUGUAACAAAGCUCUUAAGCCAAAACAAAUGCUGUUUUAACAAAACCAUUUACUGAGAAAAACAAUAGCGGGUAAUCAGUCACAACUAAAGUGAAACUUGUUCUUGCAGAGCAAUAUUUUACGGUAAGCAGGUGUCAGGGCCAAAUUUCAUGAAGCUGCUUAUAAAAACAUAAAUUAGCUAAGCACAAAAUAAUUCUGCUUACCAAGAGAAGAAUGCCAGC